AUGCCAAUUCUUUGCUGCUCCACCAGCCGCCGGUUGUUCCACAAUAUUUCUUGCCCAGCGCAAUGUAUCAUCCCCACAAGUGAUCCGGAUGCCUACGAGCUUUACCCUGCGUUUCGCUGGGUGUACAACAAGCUGAUGGUGGCCGAGCUGCAGGGGAUCAAAUGUGGGCCGCACGAAACCGAGCCAGAUCCUAGCCUGUACCCGAUCUUCAGCAAGCCUAUAUACAACCUUGGAGGCCUGAGCGCCGAAGCACGACAAAUCAAUACUCGGGAGGACUACUGGUGCUCUCAUACCCCCGGGCACAUGUGGUCAGCCUUGUUAUCUGGGGGACAUUAUAGCACCGACAUCGCCGUUGUUGAAGGAAACCCGGUCUGGUUCGGCCAUACACGAGGUGUAGCCGGUCCGGGGCAGACAUGGGAGUACUGGGAGAUCAAUGUCCUCGCAGACAUUCAUGUACAACAGAAUAUCACCGCCUUUAUACAGGCUCAUAUGGCUGAGUACACUGGGAUGGUAAACAUGGAAACAAUCGACGGGAUGAUAAUUGAGGUCCACCUGCGGUUCUCCCCACAGUGGCCGGAUAUAUAUGGUUCCUGGUUUCUCCCAUCGCUCGUGGAUCUAUAUUCUGGAAGAGGAUGGACCGGUCCCUCCUCCGCAAAGACGCGCGCGGGCUACAGCGUUCCUCUGUUCGACGACGAGAAAUACGCCCCGAUCUGCUCUCUGAUCAAACCCGAACAUCUGCAAGAGAUGGAGAGAGAAUUCGAUGUGAGCAGUAUUACACUUGGGUACGAUAUAGCAAUGCCGCUAAAGGGCCGGACUCGGCCAGCCGGUGGCUUCAGAAUCGCCUGGAUCAACGGGUUUGACUUGGAGAAGUGCAAGUUGGCACGGCGCAGGUUACAAAUUUGUAUCCAUAACCUAUUCGAUAUGGACGGGCGACCAGACAACCACCAUCAACAAAUAAACAAGCAACAACGACAACACCAUGUCCCCACGAUGACUUCUACCGAAUCGCCUGUUCUCCUCUCCCGGAGACACGUCUUCGACUCGGUCUUCUCUCCCACCUCGUCGCAUGUUUACCAGACGCGACCGCUGGCACUCGGUCCCGAGCAAGCCCAGUGGGAACGCGCAUGGCGUCUGGCGACCAGCUUCCUCUCGUUGCCAGAUACAGGCUUCAUCGCGCCGCAGUUCGCCCACGCCGACGACCCGCAGUUUCUGAAGUUGUCAAACCGCCAUCGCAGACCGUCGCAGGAGGUUCGCGAUGCCUUCCACUAUCUGACCCUGGCGUUGAGCCGCGGAGAGCCCACCCCGCGCAACCUCUUCGAUUGGUAUAGUUACGAGAUACGACGACAUUUUCUCAAGAACUUCCGAGCUGGACUAUAUACGCUCCUCGACUCCCGCGAGAGAGAUGGCCUGCUGCAGCAAAUCGUCCAUUCGCUCCAUCUUGCACGUCGGAUCUACUUCGUCCCCCUCCUUGACCACCUCCUCCCCCUGCUGGAACGCCCCGAACAAGAUAAGAUGCUCGCGAAGCUUCGACGCGGCUUCCACAUGAUGGUCGCCUACACCCUUCCGUGGCCGCAAGUCUCCGCCCUUCUCACACGCGAAAUCACCAAAGACGCCCUGAUCAUCCUCGGCAUCGAUACCCUGAACGAAGAAGAGGAUACCUACGAGGACGCCUCCAGCGUCGACAACAUGGAGGUCGACCGUCCGUAUUCCGUGUCGUAUCGCGACUGGCGCGACGAGCCCUCGGAAGAAGCCCGCGCGCAGUUGAUGGCCGGCGACGACGAUGCGCGAGUCAACGCGGCCCGCGAACGGCUACUGGGCAUGCUGGACGGUCUCCAACAGGUAGGCAUGGGCGGUGACAAGGCACAGAAGGUGUUUGCUGGCGUGAUGAACUCGCUCAUGACGGAGUUUGUUCGCGCGGCGUAUACCGCACAGUGGGAAGGUCCGUCGUGCGCGACACAGCAUCUCCGAUACUGGGUGGAAAACGUCUUUUCACGGCUGGUCGUGCAGGUCCUAGGCGUCAUCAACGGGUCGGAGAUCGGUCCGCGGGACCUGGAGACUCUCGACGUGCAGCUGAGCGAUGUCGAGAAAUGGAAGGAGAUUGGGAUCUCGCGGCUGGGGGCGCUGCGGACGGGCGAGCUGUUUGAUGUGAUUGUCGAGUGGCCCGCUAGUAGCGGUGCGAUUGAGGAUCUACGGCAGUUUACGACUCAUCCGGCGGCCCGCUUGCACCUGACGCAGUCAUUCAUUGCGGCAUUGAACCAGCGACUGUUGCACCCGGGCGCAUCGACGGUGGAGAUUCUACAGUUGUACAUUUCCAUCAUCCGCGCGUUCAACCUCCUAGACCCCAAGGGCGUCCUCCUCGAUCGCAUUGCCCGUCCCAUCCGCAGGUACCUGCGCGACCGCGACGAUACCGUCAAGGUGAUUGUCAGUGGGCUGCUGGCCGACCCUGCUGACGUGGAGGGAACUACGACUGGUACUGGAGACACGCUGGUGGAGCUGUCCGCCGAACUGACCAAGGCACACCACAGCUCUCUGCGCAACGAGGGCGGAGAGCUGGAUUGGGACGAUAUGAACUGGGUACCGGACCCCGUGGAUGCCGCGCCGGACUACCGCAAGUCGAAGAGCUCCGACGUGAUUGGCAGCCUGAUCAGCUUGUUCGAGUCCAAGGAGAUGUUUGUGAAGGAGAUGCAGACCAUGCUGGCCGAGCGACUGCUGCAGAAACGCGCUGACUUUGAUCAAGAGAUGUCGGUGUUGGAACUGCUGAAGCUGCGCUUUGGCGAUAACGCCCUGCAGGCCUGCGAAGUCAUGCUGCGCGACAUCUUCGACUCGCGACGGGUCGAUGCCGUGGUGCGCAACGACCAGGGCCUGGCUGGGAUCCGCGCUGCGACGCUCUUCCCCGUCACCCCCGACAACAACACGACCAGCAGACAGCCAGUUCCGCCGGACCUCCCUGAUCUGCACGCGAAAAUCCUGUCCCACUUCUUCUGGCCCGACCUGCAGGCCCCGCAGUUCAGGGUGCCCGAGCCCAUCGCGCAGCUGCAGGAGCGGUACGCGACCGGGUUCGCAUCCCUCAAACAAUCGCGCAAGCUCACCUGGCUCAACGGCAUCGGUCAGGUCACGGUGGAGCUGGACCUGGAGGACCGUCUGUUUGUGGACGAGGUGACGACCUGGCAAGCGACGGUGAUCCACGCCUUCGACAGCGACGAGGCCGACGGCGGCGUCAAGACAGUGGACCAGCUGUCCAGCGAACUGGGCAUGUCGGCGGCGCUGGUGCGCAGCGCGUGUCUGUUUUGGGUCAGCAAACGCAUCCUGGCCGAGGUGCAGCGGGACACGUUCCGGGUGCUGGAGGUGCUGCCCAGCGAGGACGAAGCGGCUGCAGGCUUCGGCGGUGCGGGCGUAUCAGACGUGGACGAUACGGGCGACGAUCAGGGCGUCGGCGCGGCGUCGGCUGAAUCCGCCCACGCGGCGGCGGACGCGGCGGCCGCAGCAGCGGCCAAGGAGUCGGCCGAGGCAGCCGCCAUGGAGAAGAUGAACCUGUACUGGCAGUUUAUCGUGGGGAUGUUGACGAAUCAAGGCGCGAUGCCGUUGCAGCGCAUUGUGAUGAUGCUGAAGAUCGCGGUGCCGGGCGGGUUUCCGUUCAGCAACGAGGAGCUGCGCGAGUUCCUGGCGGGCAUGGUGAGCAAGGGCAAGCUGGAGAUUGUCAGCGGGGGAAACUACAAGAUUGUUUCGUGA